ACUGGGGGGCACUGGGAGUUACUGGGGGGGUCCCAGGCCCCGCCCCCGGCGCGGGGGGCGUGGCCGCGAGGAGAGGGGGCGUGGCCUCCUUGAUUGACGCUUGUCGCAGGGGGAGGGGGCGUGGCCCAGCGCGAGGGGCGGGGCUCCGCGUGCGCACCGCACCGGGCCCCGCCCCCGCGGCGCGCGCGCGCCUGCGCCGGGCUCCCCCAUUGGCCGCCCCGCUCCUUCCCCGCCCUCUCAUUGGCCCGGCGGCGGCGGCGGCGCCGUGACGCAGCGACGCGAGCGUGCGCGCCGUGCGCGCUGACGUUGCGCGGCGGCGGCGGCGGCGGCGGACCCUCCGGACCCUGCGCCGCGCUCCCAGCCCGGGGGGGCCCCUGGGCACCCCCCGCCCCGACACCCCCCAAUGCGCUGCCCGGCCCGGGGGGGGCCCCCCCGCCCCCUGAGGGGGGGGCAGGGCCGUUUGCGCGCCCCCCCCGGCCCCCCCAGCCAUGAUGUUCCGGGACCAGGUGGGCAUCGUGGCGGGCUGGUUCCGCGGCUGGAGCGAGUGCGAGCAGACGGUGGCGCUGCUGGCGCUGCUGAAGCGCGUGACGCGCACGCAGGCGCGCUUCCUGCAGCUCUGCCUGGAGCACUCGCUGGCCGACUGCCCCGACAUCCACCUGCUGGAGGCCGAGGCCAACAGCGCCGCUGCCAUCUCGCAGUGGCCCCAGGAGCCCGCCGAGGCGGCCGUGGCGCUGCUGCUGGCCCACCUGCCGCUGCUGCAGCCCGGCAACGCGGCGGCCAAGGCGGAGUACAUGAAGCGGCUGCAGAAGGUGCUGGCCGACGCCAUCGAGAGCAACCGCUGCGUGGAGGAGUCGCGGCAGCUGCUCUCCUACGCGCUCAUCCACCCCGCCACCACGGCCGACGACCGCAGCGCGCUCGCCCUGUGGCUGGGGCACCUGGAGGAGCGCCUGGCGCCGCCGGCGCCGCGCCGCGCCCACCGCGAGUGGCCCCCCGAGCCCCCCGAGGCCGGCGCGGCGGGCUGGGCCGAGCAGCAGCAGCAGCAGCAGCAGCAGCAGCAGCAUGCAGGGACAGCAGGGACAGCGGGGCCGAGGGGAGAACGGGCACCCUCCGUUUCAGGCCCUGCCGUGCCAGCUGCACCCCAGCCCCCUGAAGCGCUCGCUGCUGCCCGGCAGCCCCCAGCCCGGCCCGGGGGGCGAUCUGGGCGGGCCCGGGGGGUCCUGAGGAGCCCCCCGCCGCCCCCCGGGGGCCCCCCCCGGCCUUCGGGGAGCAGCACGCGCCCCCCCUGUCCCCCCAGAGCAGCGUGGGCCUCGUCGGGCAGCGAGCACACCGAGGAGCCCGGCGGGCGCAACUCCUUCCAGGAGGACGGCAGCGGCAUGAAGGACGUGCCCUCGUGGCUGAAGAGCCUGCGGCUGCACAAGUACGCGGCGCUGUUCGCGCAGAUGAGCUACGAGGAGAUGAUGACGCUGACCGAGCGGCACCUGGAGACGCAGAACGUCAAAGGCGCGCGGCACAAGAUCGCCCUGAGCAUCCAGAAACUGCGGGAGCGGCAGAGCGUGCUGCGGGCGCUGGAGAAGGACAUCCUGGAGGGGGGCAACCUGUGGUCGGCGCUGCAGGAGCUGCAGCAGAUCCUGGGGACCCCCAUCAAGGCCUUCCGGCCCCCCCCGCCCCCCGCGCCCCCCGACGGGGCCCCCCGGAGCCGCCCCCGGCCCCCCCCCGAGGCCGAGCCCCCCGCGGCGCCGGUGCCCGACGGGGACAUCCCGGGGCAGUUCACGCGUGUCAUGGGCAAGGUGUGCACCCAGCUCCUGGUGUCGCGCCCGGACGAGGAGAACAUCACCAGUUACCUCCAGCUGCUCGAGAAGUGCCUGAGCCACGAGGCGUUCACGGAGACGCAGAAGAAGCGGCUCCAGUCCUGGAAGCAGCAGGUGCUGAAGCUGCUCCGCGCCUUCCCCAAGAAGGGGCCCCUGGACGGCCCCCCCGGCUACCGGCCCCCCAAAAGCUGGGCCUUCGGCUCCAACUCGCUCCCCAUAGCUGGCUCUGUGGGGGGGGGGCGGCGGCGGGGGGGGGGCCGCCCCUUCGCGCUGCCCCCCCGGGCCCUGCCCCCCGCCCCCCGCCCGCCUGGGGCUGCUGGGACCCCCCGGGGGGGGCCCCCCCGAGCCCCCCUGGGAGCGCCCCACCCCUGGGCGCGCCCGGACGGCAGAGCCUUUGGUUCGGGGCCGGGGGGGGCGCAGGGGGGGACCCCCGGGAGCCGCGGGGCCGUGCAGAGAACGCACUCGCUGCCCGUGCACAGCUCGGCCCUGCUCGCCUUC